UGCUGCGAGUAGCAAAGGGACUUGAUGCAGCAAGUAAAAACUGCAAUAUUUGACUUGUAAAUUGCACAAACGGCUGGCCAUAAGGGAAGCUACGUGGCGAAUUGUAUCGCUUCAUCAGCUACGGUAAUGUAAGGGGUAAAAUUGCAGCAGCACCGCAGAAUGCCCCUGUUCUUGUGUAAUAUCUUUCAAGCUGCGCAAACGUUUUCUGACUCCCAUGUCGAUGCACAACGAGCUUGUUUUCUGAUACUGAGGCAGUAAUUGACGCUUUUACUCAAUUUGUGAUAUUCAUAACAAAAAACUGAUGCAACUAUCGAGAAUAUGUGUUUUGCGAGUAUCAAACGAUGGUGAAUAAAACGGUUCAUGGUGACUAUCAGUCAGGAUCAUGGGUGAUGCCGUUUCAUGGAACGAAAUCGAUCAAACUCACCAAUGACACCAGACAAUGUGCCAGACAGAUAUGCAUUGGCAAGAGAUGUGUUUCCUUUGCGAAAGAUACAAAAAUUGUCGAAGAGCCAGUAGAUGACAGACGUUGUACGACUGCUAUCAGUCUAAAUGUUUGAGCCUCUUCAAAGUCGAAAUCACAAUAGAAGUAAGGCUACGUACUUAGUGAAAUAUAUAUCACGUACAAGAUUGAUGUGCAGAGCUUAAUGCACCGAAAACUUUAGCUAAUAAAUAUGAGUGUAGCCGAUCCUGAUAUUUCAC